AUGAGCGCAUCUAGGGUUGCUGAGGAGCUGAGCCGGAGGCAUCCGUUACAGCGGCUGGAAUCUCCGUCCAAAGGCUUCUCAGGCGUUGUGCAUAACGACUCGUUCGGGUGGCAUCUACAAUAUCUCACCAUCCUCGGGAUCUCCAUCUCGACCGGAUGUUUCAUCUGUGGCCUCCUCGCCGACAUUACCUCGUCACACAUUCUCUUCACGCUUAAGAACUACCUCGCCCUCGUCGCCGCGCCCAUAGAGAUCGUGAUCAGCAUCCUCUACUGGGGUCUCCGCGCGAUCGACGAAACCCUCGUCAUUCCCCCCGACCUCCCCAAGCCGCCACUAACCGCAGACUUAAACUUCCAUCUCUGGCCAUCCGUCCUCCUCUGCAUAGACACACUGCUGCUCAGCCCACCCUGGCCUACAACUCCAGCCAACCCGCGCGCUUCCCUACUGUCCCUCGUAACUUCUACUGUUAUCGCCUUCCUCUACUGGUUCUGGAUCGAGCUGUGCUACUCACGUAAUGGCUUCUACCCGUACCCUAUUUUCGGCCUACUGGAUACGAAACAGCGUGUGGGUUUGUUUGCUCUGAGCGGCGUCACGAUGUGGGCGGUUGGCGCGGGACUGCGGUGGGUGUAUGUUGCUGUUAACGGAAUGGAAGAGGAGAGGGAUGCGGAGGGGAGGAAAACGAAGAGAAAGAUGACUGGGAAGGCGGAGUAA